GGUGGCAACAAAGAAGACGAAUGACCCCCGUCCCGGGGCUCCGGGUGAAGGCAGGCGGAGGGCCCGGACCACACGGGGACCCAGUUCUGGGAAGCGAGGGCAGGGGCGCCCCGCGGGGGUGGUGGCGGCUGCGCCUGGCGCCGGGGCUCUGGCCGCCUGACAAAACCAUCCCCCGGAGCCAGGCGGCGGCGAGUCGGCGGCGGCUCCAUCCGGGGCUUUGCGGGAGGGGGAGGGGACGGAAGCCGAGAGGGCGGGCGGCGGAUCGGAGGGAGGGAGGGAGGAAGGGGAGGGGGGCGAUUCGCGUUCCGUUCCCCGUUGCCGGUCCCUCCCUUCUCGCCGCCACCGCGAAGUGCGUCCCGAGCAGCGGCGGCCGGUGAGCGUCCCGCGCUGGAGCCCUGAGAGGCAGGCCCGUCAGUGAGUGUGUCCGUUUGAAACCAACUGACAUACAGCCAGAUAUUUUCAGCUAUCUCUUGCAUUUGAUGUACACUGGCAAGAUGGCACCUCAGCUGAUUGAUCCUGUUCGAUUAGAGCAGGGGAUCAAGUUUCUGCACGCCUACCCACUGAUCCAGGAAGCCAGCCUGGCCAGCCAAGGAGCCUUUUCUCAUCCCGACCAAGUCUUCCCCCUGGCCUCUUCCCUGUAUGGCAUUCAGAUUGCAGAUCACCAGUUGAGACAAGCCACCAAGCUUGCCUCCGCCCCCGAGAAGCUCGGGCGGGAACCCCGGCCGCAGCCGCCCAGGAUGAGCCAGGAGCAGGUGCCUGAGGCCUCCCAGCUCUCGCAGCUGACUUCAAACCUGGCCCAGGUGACUCGGACGCACCUGACUCCCUCGGACCCCCUGCAGACCUCACUGUCUCCAGAACUCGUUUCCACUCCUGUGCCCCCCCCUCCCCCCGGCGAGGAGACCAAUCUGGAAGCGUCUUCCUCGGACGAGCAGCCGGCACCCCUCACCAUAGCCCACGUCAAGCCGAGCAUCAUGAAGAGGAACGGGAGCUUCCCGAAGUACUACGCCUGCCACCUGUGCGGCCGGCGCUUCACGCUGCGGAGCAGUUUGCGGGAACACCUCCAGAUCCACACGGGGGUCCCGUUCACGGCCGGCCAGCCGGGAGAAAGCCGGGCGCCCCUGUCUCUUUGCAGCAACGCGGCCGACCUGGGGAAGGACGCCAUGGAGGUGCCCGAGGCCGGGAUGGUCAGUGACAGCGAGCUGCCGCACAUCUCCGACUCCCCCAUCAUCGACGGGCAGCAGCACUCGGAAACGCCGCCGCCCUCCGACAUCGCGGACAUCGACAACCUGGAGCAGGCCGACCAGGAGCGCGAGGUCAAGCGGCGCAAGUACGAGUGCACCAUCUGCGGCCGCAAGUUCAUCCAGAAGAGCCACUGGCGGGAGCACAUGUACAUACACACCGGCAAGCCCUUCAAAUGCAGCACGUGUGACAAGAGCUUUUGCAGGGCCAACCAGGCCGCCCGGCACGUGUGCCUCAAUCAGAGCAUCGACACCUACACCAUGGUGGACAAACAGACUCUGGAGCUCUGCACGUUUGAGGAGGGCAGUCAGAUGGACAACAUGUUGGUCCAGACCAACAAACCCUACAAAUGCAACUUGUGUGACAAAACAUUCUCGACUCCCAAUGAGGUGGUUAAACAUUCGUGCCAAAACCAGAACUCGGACGUUUUUGCCCUGGACGAGGGGCGGUCCAUUCUCCUGGGCAGCGGGGACUCCGAAGUCACGGAACCUGACCACCCGGUGUUAGCUUCCAUCAAAAAGGAGCAGGAAACAGUGUUGUUAGACUGAAUGUGACUUUCCUUUUUAAAAACUGUCAUUUUUACAGAGACUGUCUCCUCUCUCUCUCUCCGCCCUCCCCCCCCCCCCCCAAUUCAGAACUGUAGUUCUCCAUGGCAUGAUACAAACAGGUCCCUGGCCCCUCUGUCCUCCCCGCCCCCUCCCUGUCCCCAGCCCUUCCUCCGCAAAGGCUUUGUGCAUUAUAAACCUGGAACAUAUUUACUUCGAGUCAGGGGACAUUGGAAAGAUAAUGGUCAGUAGUACUUAUAAACUCAAAUAGAUUUUGAGACGUUUUAGAUUAUUUAAAAGCCUACUUGGAACUAAUGAAGGGUAUAUAACAAAACAAAACAAAACAACCAGAAUGCGAUUUGGUAAGCUAAAAUUAUGACUUUCCCUGGGUAAUAAGUCUUCCUUCUCAGAAAAUACAGCAUGCUUCUUAGAGAUACCGCUGGGCUCUGUACUAUGCAAAAUCUAGAAGGUGUGGGGAAACUUGAAACCCAAGCAAAUGUUCUUAGUAUUUAUCCUCCAGGUCUUAUUUCAGAAUGCAUCCUUUGAGAUUAUGUCCAGUCAAGAAAAAUCAUUCGUUAAGAAAUCUACUUGAACAAAACACAAAAGAGAAAAAGUAAUAAUGUGAUGGCAAUCUUAAUUUUUGGAUAAAACAUGACAAAGCUGUGAGUUUGUGUGUUUGUAAGAGAAAAUGUGUGGAUAUUUGCGAUUAACAGGUGUAUUAACGCACAUGCCUUAUCAAAUUGCUGGCUUCUUUCAAAGUUGAACGAGAACAAAAUUCUCUGUUUUAGUUUCUGAUAAAUCUGUUGGUUGUUUUCAAAAUCAGAUUUGAAAGUACUAUUCUGUAGAUUGUCUUUCUGAAUAGAAAACGACAUGCCAUUCCAGCAGCUGCCAGUGUUAAAUUUGUUUUAGCACCGACUGGCUGCUUUAAAUCAGUGUACGUAUGCAGGAAAGUGCAUCUCAGAGGGGAGGUUGUGAGCAGAGCAUGUAGUAACUUUCAUGACUUUAAGCGUUAAUGCUGAUAGUUUACUGGCAACAUUCAUUGAAGCAUCAAAAAUGGCAGAGAAAAAUCAGGACAAAAAAAUCUAAUUGCUGUUUGGGGAAAAAACUUGAUUUUGAUGUUUCAUCUCCACCUUUUUUUUUUUUCUUUAAACACCUGAAAUUUUCCUCCAUUGGCCUGAAAGCAGUAAAACGUGUCCAUUAAUGUUUCCUUGGGCCAGUAACAGAAUAGUCUGACAGGACAAAACAGGAGCCAGAAAUAAGGACUGAAGGGAAAAGGGAAGAACAGUUCUUAGCUGUGCUGUACGUAUAUGUUUAAAACUGAAUAUCCCGUCAUCCUGUUUCAUGUAUAGUUGAGUUCUCAGAUUUGUAAGUUUUUAUACAUACUUUCAUUGAAUAAACAUUUAAUUAAAUGGGUA